CACACAUUACAGGAAGGCUACAUGUCUGGUUACCAUGGUUACAGCUGUUUAAACAUUAAGGACUGAAAUGGCCACAUGCUAAUUCGACUUAACGAGUAGCCUACAUAUGAUUAAUAACAAUGUCAAAAUCAAAGCAAGACCAACUGUACGAGUUCAAUAUGCAGAGGGAGACAUGGUGUCGCGUGGAGACAACCAGUAGGUUCUGGAAUUUACCUGAAAGAAAACACUUCCUUUGUCACCUCCAGAAAACCUGUGACUUCAGCGCGCUGCAGACCGCGCGCACCGAGCUGCGCUCCUCCUGGUUGGACAGCGACAACAACACCAGACAUCCCGAGCGAAGACACUUUGAAGACAGCUAUAAAACUCAUCAGGUGUUAGGAACUGCAAUCAACCUCUGUGAAGAGUAAAUGUUUUUCUCCAGACAGCAAUAAACGUGUAAUGAAGCGAUCUGGCAAUAAAACA